CUCGUUUUGGUUUGAAGAGACAUGACAGAAGAAGAACUUAACAGCUCUUUAGAGUAUACUCCAACAUGGGUGGUAGCAGGUGUAUGCUUUGUCAUUGUUCUGUUAUCUCUUUGUGUCGAGCGUGGCCUUCAUAAACUUGGAAAGUGCUUGCAGCAUGAGAGACAAGAUGCACUAUAUGAAGCCUUACAAAAACUAAAAGAAGAAUUAAUGCUUUUAGGGUUCAUUUCCCUUCUGCUAACUGUGUCUCAACGUUCCAUAAGCCGCAUAUGCAUCCCUGCCCAUGUCGCAACUCACAUGUUGCCAUGUAAGAGGGAAACUGCUGAGCACAAUACCCCUGCACAUUACUUUCUUAAUCAAGCUACAAACAAUGGCCGACGCCUUCUGUCAGAAGCAACUUCAGAUCACUGUCAGCUCAAGGGGAAGGUUCCGUUGUUAUCAUUGGAAGGAUUACAUCAUCUACACAUCUUCAUCUUUGUAUUAGCAGUUGUUCAUGUGAUCUUCUGUGUCUCAACUAUGGUUCUUGGAGGGGCAAGAAUUCGACAAUGGAAGCGCUGGGAGGAUUCCAUCCAGAAGGAUCGAAGAAGUGGCGUUGCUCACGUCAGUCAUCACCAUCAUGAGUUCUUGAAAGAACGUGCAGAUGGAUAUUGGAGAAGAGCAGCUAUUAUAGGUUGGAUGAUAGCAUUCUGCAAACAAUUUUAUGGCUCCGUCACCAAGUCAGAUUACAUUGCACUGCGGCAAGGGUUUAUCAAGGAGCAUUGCCCUGGAAAUCCUAAUUUUGAUUUUCACAAAUACAUGAUGCGGACACUUGAGAUUGAUUUUAGAAAGAUUGUUGGGAUAAGCUGGUACCUGUGGCUCUUUGUUGUGCUGUUUUUGUUGCUGAAUGUGGAUGGAUGGAACACAUACUUCUGGUUAGCAUUUUUGCCGCUGAUUCUUCUGCUUCUAGUGGGGGCCAAACUAGAACACAUAAUUAGCCGCUUGGCUCAGGAUGUUACACAAUCAGGAGUACAUGCUAAUGAAGCAGCUACAAGAGUGAGGCCUUCUGAUGAACACUUCUGGUUCAGAAAUCCUAAAAUUGUUCUCAUUUUGAUCCACUUCAUUCUGUUUCAAAAUUCAUUCGAGAUUGCAUUCUUCUUCUGGAUUUGGACCACCUAUGGAUUUCACUCAUGCAUCAUGGAAAAGUUGGGCUACAUCAUCGCCAGACUUAUUAUGGGUUUGAUAGUUCAAGUGCUUUGCAGUUAUAGCACCCUACCAUUGUAUGCAAUCGUCACUCAGAUGGGUAGCAUGUUCAAGGAAGGAAUGUUCGAUCAAAUGGUGCAGAGUGCCAUCGGUCUGUGGGCUGGAGAUGUAAUCAGUCGACGUGAAGGCAGCGGGCGAUCCUCCUCAGGCAGUGUGCACAAAAUGAUCAAUAAUGAAUCGACCCAAACUGUCGAUGUGGCAGAACAAGAAAUGGUUGCCAUGGCUAACACUAUAGAUGUGCUCCCUUGUCAUGUUCAGCCACCUUCAUCCUCUUAG